UAGAGUCAAAAGUACCGUUUUAUGAUUCAGAGUGACACAGAAGCUCAAUCAACCCAAUUUACAAAUGCAAAAAAACUGAGUUCCGAAGAAGAGAAAAGUAAAAUGGCGACGGUGCCUCCACCCUCUCCUCCUCCGCGCUCCACCUCCGAUUCCGGCAACACCUCUCCCACAGGCAAGGUGGAAGCUGCUACGAACAACGGGAAUUGUCACGUCGACGAUAAGAAACCUAACUUCACCGAUGGGCUUGAUCACUUGGACAGUCCACAAUGCAUUGAGAGAUUCAGAAAAUAUGACAAUGAUUACGCUCAUCGAUUGUUGGCAAAAUAUUUCUCUAACAAAAACCUUUAUGGAGACACUAAACCCAUACAUUGGCUUAAGUGGCUUUGUUGGGCUGAAUAUUGGUAUAAUACCAACUAUCAUGAGGCCACUAAGACGACACCUCUCAAGGCAUUGUAUGGAAGAUAUCUUCCUCCUGUGAUUAGAGAUGUUUCAACAACUCCUAUGAACAAAGUAGCUGUGAUGAUACAAGACAGAAAUGAAGUGACAGUGAAGUGGAAGAACAUGUCAAAUUCUGAGAAUUCAUGGGAAUCAUUGGGUAACAUGAUGGAAGCAUUUUCUGAACUUCACCUUGAGGACAAGGUGAAUUUUAAAGGAAGGCAUUGAUACGAACAAAGAAUUGGAAGGGCGUAUUAGGAAGAUUCAAAAUGUUUGAGAGGAGGAAGUGGAAUCCCAUUUGAUGGAGACCACAGGCAUAACACACAAUGAUUUUCCUGAUAAUAGAAUUGUCUGGCAGGGGAGGGAAUGUAGGGAGUCUUUUACAUUUUGGGAGAGAAUAGGGAGUAUAAGGGUAGUAUUACAUGAUCUUUUAAGGAGGCUGGUUUUGGGUGAGGAGAAAAUGGAUUUUGGGUUGGGAUUUGGCAAUAGGACCAACGUUGUCUUUGUUACUUUGUUUUUCUGGUUGAAGAAAUAAUACCAGGGAUUUCCUUUCAUUACUUUUCUGUAUUUUUUGAUACCUAUCUGAGUUUAGUGAAGCCAUCGCCGAAUAGUGAAGACUUUAUCUUCGUAUAUGAGUUCUUCUUGAAGGAACUCAAUGUCCCAUUUCCUUUAUCUCCCUUUGAAUGUACAAUGCUAACGGUCAUGAAUGUGACUCCCUGCCAACUUCACCCAAGGGCCUUCUAAAGGCUUUUCAAAUACUUAGUUAUUAUCUCCAAAUACACCCAACUAUUAGCAAAUUUAUAUUUUUUUACCUACUGAAACAUGGGACCAGAGGUUGGUUGGGUGUCUCUAACCGGUGCCCAACAUGGACCAGACUCGCUUUUAUUGUGGGUUCCAGAUUACUGUGUCUGGCAGUGUUUACCAUAACUUCAUGAUCAUUUGCAUCUGAAAGCAGGUUAGAAGUAAAUUUGAGGACUUCAUUCCUUAGGUUCUUGUGAACGUUGUAUUAUGAGUUUGAUAUUUAUUUUAUACGUUGAAAAAUAAGUUUUAACAAUCUAGUGUCAGUUGAUAGUAAAUAUAUUUU